AUGGAGAUGAAAGGCACAGAUUGCCGGUUAGAACUCGCACUAUGGAAUCACAAAUGGAGCAUGGCUGUGCCCACAUCAUCCAUCACCUGCUCCACUACCACCCAGAUCCUAGCCUACCUCCCCAGCAACUGCUCCACCUCCCUCAACAAGGUCAAUGCUUGCUACCUACUUCCCUGCUCUGCUCUGGCCACACCCUCCCAAAGAUGUAACUCAUACCUGAUGUACCAGAUUCUGCACUUAGUCCUGAGGAUGCUGAAAUCUGCAGGACAAAGUCCGUCCCUCAAGGGGCUCCCAGACCUCACUCUAACCUGUUCCAGAGGCCUGGUACCCCCUGAGCUGGAGAACCAUCUGUGGAGUUCUCCCUCCACACGCUACAUGGGCAAGAUGUGCUGGCUGCUCCUCUGGGGAGUCCUUCAAACUUGUCCCACAAAGGCCUCGGUGCUCCUGGCCCAGCAGCUACCUCAGCAACUGACAUCCCCCGGAUACCCAGAGCCAUAUGUCAAAGGUCAGGAGAGCCAUGCUGACAUCGAGGCUCCAGAGGGGUUUGCUGUGAGGCUGUUCUUCCAGGACUUUGAUCUGGAGCCGUCCCCAGGCUGUGAAGGAGACUCUGUCAUAAUUUCAACCAGAGGAACAGAUGCAACCCGGCUGUGUGGGCAGCAUGGCUCCUCUCUGGGGAGCCCUCCUGGUCUCAGGGAGUUUGUGUCCUUAGGGAGGAGUUUGCGGCUGACCUUCCGGGCACACUCUUCCUCCAAGAACAAGACCACAAACCUCCACAAAGGCUUCCUGGCUCUCUACCAAGCCAUAGCUGUGAGCCAGCCCAAUGGGGACGCUGAGGCUGUCACCACAUCUGGAGCUGACCCUCCCAAGAUUCAGAACCACUGCCAAGAUCCCUAUUAUCAGGCGGGACAGACUGGGACAAUUAGUGGCCCAUCCUUGGGGGAUUGGAAGGACAGACAGGAUGGAGACAUUCUUCACUGUGUGCCAGUCUGUGGAAGACCAGUCAUCCCCGUUACCCAGGACCCAAAGACUUCUGGUUCUUCCCGAGCUAAACUGGGCAACUUUCCCUGGCAAGCCUUCACCAGUAUCUAUGGUCGUGGCGGCGGAGCCCUGCUGGGUGACAAAUGGAUCCUGACGGCUGCCCAUACCAUAUAUCCCAAGGACAGCAUCUAUCUCAGAAAGAACCGGAGUGUAGAAGUGUUUCUGGGUCACACGGACAUAGACGAACUACUGAAACUGGGGAGCCAUCCUGUCCGUAGGGUGGUGGUUCACCCGGACUACCGCCCACACGAGUCCCACAACUUCAAUGGGGACAUCGCUCUCUUGGAGCUUCAACACAGUGUCCCUCUGGGCCCCAACCUCCUCCCAGUCUGUCUGCCCGACAAUGAGACCCUGUACCACAGCGGCCUGUGGGGCUACGUCAGUGGGUUUGGUGUGGAGAUGGGCUGGCUAACGACAAAAUUGAAAUACUCAAAGCUGCCUGUAGCUCCACGGCAAGCCUGUGAAGCCUGGCUCCGCCGGAAGCAGCGGACUGAGGUGUUUUCCGACAAUAUGUUCUGCGUUGGGGACGAGUUACAGACGAAUAGCGUCUGCCAGGGAGACAGUGGCAGCGUCUACGUGGUGUGGGACGAUCGUGCUCGUCACUGGGUGGCCACAGGCAUUGUAUCCUGGGGCGUCGGGUGUGGCAAGGGGUAUGGCUUCUACACCAAAGUACUCAAUUAUGUGGAUUGGAUCAAGAGGGUGAUGGAAGGUAAGGACUAACUGAGGGGCGGGGAGAGGCUGAGCAGUGGCCAAGCAGCGCUGUGGAGGUCCCAGCCAAGAUUGUGCAGGAGUGAGGAUCCACUUGGAGCCAGGGAACCCGAUUUAAGUCACCGAUUCAGCAACCCCAAUGCCAAGAGGAAACCCCUCCCCCAACCUACAGCAUCCCAAAUCAGAAGCAGCGCCCACUGCACCCGUCUCACAUUCUGUUCUCCUGGGCUU